AUGGAGUUAGAACCUGAGAAUGUGUUUGAGCCUGAUAAUGCAUUAGAGCCUGAGCCUGAUUAUGCGUUAAAGCCUGAUUAUAUGUUAGAGUCUAAUUAUAUGUUAGAGCCUGAUUAUGUGUUAGAGCCUGUUGAUAUUGAUUUAGAUAAGUUGAAAUCUAAUAAUAUGGAUGUUAAUGAAGAUAAUGAAGAUUUACUUCAGUUCUCCACAUUAUCACAAACUGCUGCUUUUAUUGUCGAAGAACUUCAACUAUUUUCAAUUACUCAAUCACAGGCAUUUAAAAGAAUAAUUGAAGAACUUGAUAUUCAAGCCAAUAGUUUUAAGUUUAAGCAUAUAACUGUUAGUGAUACCGUUAAUAAUGAGUCGAAUAUUAUGUUGUGCUUAGAAAAAUUAGAAAAAAAAUAUGGCAUUUUUAAAAUUCAUUGUUUUGGUCAUACAUUACAACUUGCAAUUAAUGAUGUAUUAAAAGAGUGUUUAGAAAUUACUAACUUAAUAAAAAGAUAUAAAGAUGUUGUAUUCCAUUUUAGCAGAAGCCCAAAGCAAAAACAAUUUCUUUUAAAAGUGCAAAUAGAGAUGAAUGACUGGAAUAAUUUUCUUUUUGUAGUUCAUGAUGUUUUGACAAGGUGGAAUUUGACAUAUUAUUUAUUAAAACGAUUAACAAUUCUUAAACCUGCAAUAUAUAGAUAUAAGUCAUUUUUAGUUGAAGUUAAUGACAAUACUAAGUUAUGUGAAUCAAUUGGUGAUAUCAAAGAAUUUUCUGACACACCUCAAGCUGAGACAUCCUUCAACACAUCCACAAAUAUUCUUAUAUUUAACAUACCUGAAAUUGUAAAUCCUCAAUCAGCAAAAAAUAUAAUCAGGUUAUCGACUACUGAUUAUAUCAAAAAAGGUAAGAAUGUAUCACCUGCUUCAUCUAUUACUAACAUGACCCAGGAUCUCUUCGAUUCUAUAACAAAUGAAAGUUCAGUUGCUUUGUCAUUAGUAUCUACUGAUAUAUCUCUGCCUCCUGAGAUCAUAUAUACAAAAUCUGUAGAUGAUAAAUCCAAACUAGUUUCUGAAAUCAUUAAACUAGUGAAUAAUAAAGUUGAACCCAAGAUUUCUCUUGACUUACUUGCAAACAAUAAACUAAAAAACAGCAAUGAAGAAUUCAAUACCCAAUUGAAAACAUACCUACUUGAAUAUAUACCUCAAGAAAAAAGAGAGACUCACCUCCGUCAAAAAGCUAUUGAGCUUGGUGAAGAUCCUAACAAAUUCAUUAUCAUUACUGAAAAAAAUAAGCUCAAUUCUAUAGCAUUCCGUGAUAGAAUGCAGACUGACACGAGAAUGUGUAGUUAUGCAAAGAAGACUGAAAAAAAUCCUAGUGAAUAUAUGGAUAUGACAAUGCAAAAAAGAUUAAUAAGUGAAGAAAUAAUCCAUCAUUCUCUUGAAGAAAAUAAAAUCACCUUAUUAUGGCUAGAUACUGAUAAGGAAUGGAAAAAAACAAUAAGCAUACUCCAGGCAAAUGGUAAUUGUAGAAUAGCAAUAACCAAGCUCCCAAAAAGUUUAGAAGAAGAGAUUGUCAGAAAGAAAGCAAAACAAAUCUUGCAAAAUAGAUAUAGGUUUAGUGAAGAUCAAGUAAAUGCCUUAUUCACAAUUCUGAAAAACAAAAGUAGACACAGUAUAACUAUCUCAGAUAAAAAUGUAAAUAUUGUAAUUGCCAAUCAACUCUCUAAAGAAAUGGAAAAAGAAACAAUUGAAGAUAUGGUUACAAAAUUUCCAGAUAUUACAGAAGAUGCCAACAAAAUCCAGAAUGUCAAUCAAAAAAAAGCUGAAGCUAAAUGUAUCGAUUAUCCAGAUAAAUUUACAUUAGAAUCAGUCAAAGAAAGAUUAAAUGCAUAUAAUAUUAAAACUUUACCUGAUUGUCAGACUCUUGCUAAUAUUAUAAUUAUGCUUUGUAUUCCUUCUGCUAAACUUAAAACUUUAUGCAUUACAGAUACUGGAGUAACGGGAUAUGUAAAGAAUCGAGGUCAGCCAGAUAUUUCUAGAAAAUUUAGAUCGAUAGAAAAGAAUCAAGAACAAGCCAAAGAACUACUCACUUGGAUUCAGCAUACUAUAUCAUCUGGACGAAUAGGUGCUGUUUAUAGUGUAGUAGUACAUGAGGCUAAGAAUAUGGCCCAUGCUUAUACCAUUGCUGAAGAAUUUUUUAUAGAAACACUUGUAGAAGGAAAAAUUCCAGUAAAAGCAUUAAUUGAUACAUCAUCGAAGUUUAAUACUAUUAGCAAGAGCUUGUUUGAUAAGCUUGAAGAAGAUUAUGGGUUGGAAUGUUUAUCUGAUAAUAAAUUAAUUGGUGAAGAAAUAAAAUGCUUAGAUUUGCAAUUCUACUAUAAAGGAAAGUGGCAAAGUUUAGAUAGUACUGAAAUGCACAAAGCAAAAAUAAGCUUUGGAUAUUCUCCCAAAACCUAUGACAGCUAUGCUAAAAUUGUAAUAAAUAGUAUGAGUAUCCUAUUAAUCAAAGAAAAUAGUAAUAAAGACAGUUUCACAAAAAAUAGCUCACCCAAUUCCAAUCCAUCUCUGAAAAAUAUUGAGAACAUAAUUAGAUUUAUAAUUUAUGCUGUAGAAAAGGGUACUUCAUACCAUAUUAUUUCUAAUUUCUACAAAUAUCAAUACUGUCAUACUAGUUCAUAUGAAAAGAAGAAAAAAAAUGGAAAAGCUAAGGUUGCCAGAACCAUUUCAGUAUCUGAGUUAGAAUCUUCUAUUAGCGAUUCAAGUAAUUCUUCUACAUCUUAUUUGGAAAUAGAAGUUACAUAUGCACAUAAGACUAGAGCACUAGUAUCUCUGAUACAAAUCUCAUCACAUUAUAGAGCAAAGCCUAUGACUCUCUGA